AUGGCCUCCGCCGCCCUGGGAGCCGAGCCGGCUGCACCCGGCGCCGCCCCGCCUCUGCACCUGCUCACCUCCUACUUCCUCGACGGCCUCCUCGGCCGCUCCGCUCAGCCCGGGGGCUCCGGGGGCUGCGGGAAGGGGCGGCGCGGGGGGCCGAGGACUGGCCGCCCACUGGCGGGGAAGUUGGCGGGCGGCGGCGGGGGCCGCAGCCCCGCACCCCCGCAGCCCCCACUGACCAACCCCGGGGAGCCGCCGGGGCCGCGCCGUCCCGGGGGACCGCUGGGGGCGGCGGCCGAGCCCCCGGGCCCCGCCAAGAGGAAGCAGCGCCGCUACCGCACCACCUUCAGCAACUUGCAGCUGGAGGAGCUGGAGCAAGCUUUCCGCAAGUCCCACUACCCCGACGUCUUCACCAGAGAGGAACUAGCCAUGCGCCUGGAUUUAACAGAAGCUCGAGUCCAGGUUUGGUUUCAGAACAGAAGGGCAAAAUGGAGGAAGCGUGAGAAGACUGAAAUUCUUGGGAACGUGCCCGGAAUCUCCCUGACCCAUCCCCUGAGUUUAUACUUGGACGUCCCUCUGAGUUCCUCAGCCCUUUUGGACCCUGUGUGGAGGUCACUGCCUCUGUCAACCAUGCCACUGCCACCUGUGACUCCAGCCUUCAGCCCUGCAACCUUAGGGCCCUUUGGUCUCAGCAAUCUAACUUGGACAUCACUCUUCAGAAAUCCCAUUUUAAGUCCCCAUUUUGGAAGAUUCCUCAAUGCUCUAAAUCCUCUCGUGACUACAGCUUCGGUACUAAUGAAAGCCCCAGGACCACCAUCAGACCCUACUCUGACUGCCUUCUCUGAUCCAGCAGCCGUUGAAAGGAAAACGUCUAGCAUUGCAGCAUUAAGACUCAAAGCGAAAGAACAUUCAGCACAAAUCCCUCAAUUAAACCUCAUAUCCAGUCUAACAAACACUGACAAAGAACUUGGUUAGAAAUUCUCAUAGACUGCAGCAGAGGAGAAAGAAGAAUAUAAUAAAAAGCACCCAACACUAGUUUUUCCCACUUGCCAGAUGGACAGAUAAGGCGGGAAAAAUGUACAAAAUUCUAGUAGAGAUCAUUUCCUCUCAUUUAAUAAACAUUGUGAAGCUGUAUGGGUAAUUAAUAAGUGAGUUACACAGCACAAGCUCAGCCAGUGCCAAGACAUAGACCAAUGAUCAACUGUUCUACAUGAAAUGAAACUAAUAAGGAUUUUUUUUUCAAAGAUAUUGGCUAUCAACAGAUGUUAGAGUCCUAAGGUGUAAAUUGUAGAACUGUCAAGUUUUUUUUGUGUGUGGUUUUUAAAGGUCACAAAGUAUGUCUCAGGAGGAGCAAUGUUGCUUCAAUAGCUUAGAACUAAUAUAAUCAAUAUAUUAUAUGUUCUUAAAUUAAAAAUCGUGCUUCAUGUUGAAGUAAAUAUGGUGAAAUUUCAUACGAUGGUUGAUGAUUUACAUGGACAAAACUGAGGAGAGAAAUGGUAUUAAAUAUUUUCAAUAAAAUUUUUGAUUAGGGUUUGUUCAAAUG